AUGGGAGCAGUCGAGUCCAUUCUAGUCGUCUCUGAUUCCGACGAGGAGGGCGACGAGGGACAACAGGGUAACCAGCAAAGGCGACGAGAGCGACAGCGUCGCAAGGCGCAGGGAGGGGAUGCAGGCUCCGCGGAAAUAACGAGUCUAGAGCGUCAGGCGGAGCAGCAAGGGCGGAAGAACCAAGCGGAAGGAGCGCGUGACGGCAAGCGGGGCGGUCCUCCAGGGGGGAACAGCCUUGCGAGAAGUUAUAGCGUUGACUCCGUUGACUCUGUUGACUCGCUUGACCGCGACGAAUCUCUCUGCUCGCCCCGCUCCGUUGACUCCCUUGACCUUGCCUCCCCUCGUUCCGUUGACCCGGCGGAACCGUACGAUUCUCCUAGUCUCCCCGUCUCCACCCAUCCCGGUGCGCGCAAGUCCAAGGCGCACCACAGGCGGAAGGGUUCACGCGGAUCGUCGCGCCUCAGCAGGUCCACUUCCGCCACUUCCCCCGACGGCCGCAUCGCUCCCAACGCUGACGUGGCCGCCGCAACGAGCGGGAAUGGACACGUCACCGCUGCAGCGCUGGCAGCCGCGCACGCCAAGUCAGCUGGAGAAUUAUCAUUGGGAAAAGACGGAGCGCUGCGAGAAAGAAGGAGCAUGGGAGGAGGAUUGGGUAUGGGGGGUCUCGGGGAAGUGGGCGGAGGGAUGGAGAGGGAGAGGGGAAUGUUAGCGGGCGGGGGAGCAGCAUUACCACCUGUGAAACUGCCUGGGCCCGGUGGGGGACGCGUGGGUAUAGGGGGAAGGAGUGGGGGAGGCGGGGGGAAUGAGGUGGGGGGAAGCAUAGGCGCAGGCGUGGGGGCGCAUUGGGUUGUUCUGGGCAGCAGAGAAAUCACUGAAGCUGCUUCCGUGGCUCCAUUCCAAACCUCCGGCGCUGCUAUGGCGGCUGCUGAGGCUGCCUCCGAGGCUGCUGCCGAAGCUGCAGCCUCGUUGCAACCAGGGUCCCCUGUAAGGCUGCAGCGUGUGUUGGCUGCUGUGUCGCGCGCAUUAGAUAGGGCCAGUGAGGAGGCGGCAGCAGGGAGGGAGGGUGGUGCAGAGGUACAGGUGAGUGAUGCUGAGGCGACUCAAGUGCUGGCUGCUGUGUCAGCGACUCAAAAAGAGGGAGACGGGUCACGUGCGCAAGAUAGAGGCAGUGAGGAGGCAACAGCCGAGAGGGAUGAUGGUGUGGAGGGAGAGGUGAAUGUUGAGGCGACUGAUAAGUCACCCCGACCGCUGGUUGCUGCUUCAGGUGCACCAGACAGUGAGAGUGAGGCGGCUGCAGAGACGGGAGGGUUUGCGGAGGGAGAAGCGGCAGCAGGGAAAAAGGCCACUGCGGAGGUAGCAACAGCGGCAGGGAUAGAUGAGCCUGCAACGAACGAAGCAGUUGCAGGGAAAGAGGUUUCUGCAGAGGGUGCAGCGGUUGCAGGAGCAGCAGGGGUGGCAACUAGGGUAGCAGCACAGUUGGCAACAGCAGUGGUUGCAGAGGGGCCAGAAGGCACACUGGGGUUGGAUGAAGCAGGUGAGGAGGAGGAGGAUGAGGGUGACGGUACUGCUGUGGGUGGGCAAGAAGCACGCGCAGAGACAGCUUCUGAGAGGCCUCAAACGGACGGUGGUAUGCAUGCAGAGGCGGGUGUGAGGGAGGAGGUGGCAUUGGGAGUGCAGGACGACGGGCUGGUAGGGAACGUGGGUGAGGCGGGUGGGAGGGGUGUGGUUGCAGGAGAUGCGGGUGACAGGGGUGAGGAGAGUGAGGAGGGUGAAGGGGAUGCGGGGGGUGCGGGUGAGUUGAGUGAGGGACAUGAGUUGGUGGGGAUAGAAGGAUCCGCUGAUUUUUCUGGGGAGGGCUUUAAGGGGAGCGUUGUGGCUGUUGGUGUGGAGGAGAGCGGGUGGGACUCUGAUAGUGAGUUCGGCACUCCGGAGCUGCUCUCCCCUACUGGCAGCAUGAGUAGGGGCAGCGCGGACAGGGACAACGUGGGUGGUAGCAGCAUGGGUAGUGGCAGCAGUGCCACGUGUCCACCUGCUGCCACAUCUCUUAGUAACGCCGUGAUUAUUCAGGUGAUCAUUCAGGUGAUCAUUCAGGUGAUCAUUCAGGUGAUCAUUCAGGUGAUCAUUCAGGUGAUCAUUCAGGUGAUCAUUCAGGUGAUCAUUCAGGUGAUCAUUCAGGUGAUCAUUCAGGUGAUCAUUCAGGUGAUCAUUCAGGUGAUCAUUCAGGCACGGGGAGUCAACCCAGUCACCGGCCCUCACAGCUGGUCGCUCCCCAGCUGCCCGUCUCACACCAGCGGGGUGCCAGCAAGCCAUGUCUCUCUGGGGGACCUUCCUGCAGGAUUUCAGCACGGGGAGUCAACACAAUCGCCUGCCCUCAUAGCUGGUCGAUCCCCAGCUGCCCUUCUCACACCAGCGGGGUGCCAGCAAGCCGUGGCUCUGGGGACCUUUCUGCGCCGCUACCUGCGGCUCCAGUGGGAUGAGGUGCACUGCUCGCCCAUCCCCCGUGCCACACACACUGCACGACUUGAGCUGGACUUCCCACCCAACCGCAUACAGGAAGCCGCUGAGCUUCGGGAGAUGAGUGCGGGGGACUGGGAGGGCAUGCUGGUUUUCUAG